CUGGCCGGGCCGGGCCGGAACAGGGGCAGCGGCGGCGGCAGGCCUGGCCCCGGGAUGGCGAUGUUCCGCAGCCUGGUGGCUUCGGCUCAGCAGCGGCAGCCGCCGGGCGGGCCGGCGGGCGGUGACAGCGGCCUGGAGGCGCAGUACAGCUGCCCGAUCUGCCUGGAGGUGUACCACCGGCCUGUGGCCAUCGGCAGCUGCGGCCACACGUUCUGCGGGGAGUGCCUCCAGCCGUGCCUGCAGGUCCCGUCCCCACUGUGCCCGCUGUGCCGCCUGCCGUUCGACCCCAAGAAGGUGGACAAGGCCGCCCACGUGGAGAAGCAGCUCUCAUCCUACAAGGCGCCCUGCAGGGGCUGCAACAAGAAGGUGACGCUGGCCAAGAUGAGGGUGCACGUUUCCUCCUGCAUGAAGGUCCAGGAGCAAAUGGCCAACUGCCCCAAAUUCGUCCCCGUGGUGCCCACAUCCCAGCCCAUCCCCAGCGCCGUCCCCAACAGGUCCACCUUCACUUGCCCCUACUGUGGCGCCCGAAACCUGGACCAGCAGGAGCUGCUGAAGCACUGUGUGGACAACCAUCGCAGCGACCCCAACCGCGUGGUGUGCCCCAUCUGCUCGGCCAUGCCCUGGGGGGACCCCAGCUACAAGAGCGCCAACUUCCUGCAGCACCUGCUACACCGGCACAAGUUCUCCUACGACACCUUUGUGGACUACAGCAUCGAUGAGGAAGCGGCCUUCCAGGCGGCCCUGGCCCUGUCUCUCUCCGAGAACUGAAGGCACAGCCCAGCCCCGGGACCUGAGCCCUCCCGCCUCGGGGGGACGGGGCGUGCGGUCUCCCUGAGGCCCAGCGCCUGCCUGGGAGUGGGAGUGCGCCUCGGGGACCAGGCGGGGCCUCCGUUGUCGUCGCAGGAGGGGCGGCCCCCCGAGCCCGCCGGGCCGCGUCCUCACGGGGCGGCCACCAGUGCUCCUGGCCGGGCAUUGCUGGUUUCUUCGGUGCUUCGAGCUGAGCAGGUGGCCCUGGUAGGGCCGGCUCGUUGGGCCUGGGAGCAGUCGACUGUCUGUCUGUCUGUCUCAAAGCCAUGACGUCCUCCCCGUACGCACGGAGACCCGUCCUGCCCACGCUGCGUCCCGCAGGCCUGGCCGCUGCACGGGAAGCGCGGGAGGGGAGCCCUGGCCGGCAUCUGGCAGCGCUUUCCCUUUGCGCGCACGGUACUGGCUUUUGUGAUACCUGGAGAUUCUGGCCUUUUUCUACGUCACCCAGUGUGAGAACCUUUUCACAUUUUAUAGAACAGCUACUCUACAAACCGCAAUCCCGCGUUUGACCAGGGGCAAUAGUAUUUUUAUGGAACAUUUACAGAAUUAUAUUUUUUAAAAAAAAGCAAUCAAAAAUAAACAGUGGUGGGGUCAGUGCAGGGGAGGGAAAGAGGCGGGCAGACCUCGGAGCCCCAGCGCGGCCGCGGGGCUUUGCUGGGGUGCGCGCAGGACCGCGGUGGCCAGGGUCCCUUUCAUAGUCGCCAGGAAGAAGCCCCCGGUGCCCCCCUGGCUGCUCACAGUGCAGGCCUCCUCCUGCCAGGGUCCUGGCCUCGGCCCCGCUGUCACCUUCCCAAGCGGACCACGGACCACGGACCGUGUAGGCCACCCCGGGGGACGACAGGCGGGGCUGGAAGACGCCAUCUCACUCUUUUCGGUUCACGGCAUAAAUUAUUGCUCUUUUAAAAAAAAAAACGUAAAUAAAACGUUUCAAAGCAUCUA